AAAUAAUCCCCAUCACACAAAUAACCCCUUGAAAAGGCACGUUGCCCUGAGCAUAGCUUAUUCUAUCGCUCUGUCCAAUUCCUCUUUCACCUCCACUAUACUCUAUCAUCUUUUGUGUGUCAGCUGAGGAGCAUUUCCGCCGUCUUUUUUUGCGAGUCUCCUAAUCCGCACAAACAUGAUGAGACUCCUUUCCCACUCUUGAAACCGUUACAUCAUUCCAUAGCAAUACUCCGCUUUGCCCUUUGAAUAAAACUAACCGGCUACAUGUUCAUGGGAUGUGAACAUGGACAAACAACAGAAAAUAUCGGCUCGACCGAGCGGGAUUCCUCGAUUAGCCUCUAGACUGCCUCUACCGACGUCUACCGCUUCUAAAUCAAUUAAGCCCUCCCCAUCUCUCGGGAAGCUACGGACAGACACCGGCAUCGAUACUGCUAGGUUGCGAAGACCUUCCGAGGAACCAGUGUUCAAGAAACCGCUUCCUAAAUAUUUGUUGCCGAAGAAGUCUCAGAAUCGCCUGCAGCAAAGGAGAGAUGUUUCUGAAUCUGGAACGAGCGAAGGUGGAAAAUCGGAAACAGAUAUUGUGCUAAAUGGUUCCUGCAAGGUUGAAACUGAUUUUUCAGCCGAGGAUGCAGAUACUCGAGGUCGCGCGCGACCGUCGCUAUCAGAUCGAACAAUCGAGACAUUGUCCCAAAUCCCACCGUCGCCCGGAUCUUCAAGGCACUCGAGUUUCUUUACUGGGACCAGCCCCAUGUGCUCUCCAUCGCGUCCGCCAUCCGCAAUGUCAAACUGUUCGAGGUCACCUUCUAGGUCAUCAACGUCACGUCACCCAAACGGCAGUGACUUCCUGUCCCAGCCAGCAUCUGCGGUGCGGCUCCCUUCAAGGUCCCGCCAGUCAUUAUACACUGGCAGCGCCUCAACCGAGCCAAUCUCUAUGGCGGCUUUGGAUAACCUAGCCAAGUCGAAGAUGCCUUCUUCAAGAGCAGCAACCGUUUGUGGAAAUGCGACGCGUAUGCAGUCAAAUCCUCGUCCAAGUUUGGAUACCACCUCUAGUCAGCCCCACAGCAUGGGACCUUCACAGGAGACACUCUGCGUAAAGAAAACGAGGAAGACACCCACGAAGUUGCCCCCGAACCCAAGGCCAUCUGCAACAAUGCCAAGAACACCACCCGCUAAAUCCAUCGCGUCCGAGGUAACGACGGAGAAACAAUCUGAUAUGGAAAGCAGAAAAACAUCAAGGUCAUCGAAUGCCUUAAGGGAAAGUAUCGCGAAGGCAAAAGCUGCACGGAAAGCAGCGAUGGCAAGCAACCCCAACCCCCAAAUCCCAUCUUUGGACGACCUAAGUGUUGAAGAUCCAUUCAAUCAACGGCCAAAGGAUCCGAAUAAAGAACUCCUUCGUAAACGUCUUGAAGCGGGGCGGACCUCUGGCCAUUUGAACAUUGCGGCUAUGUCCUUGGCAGUGUUACCAGAGGAAGUUAUGACGAUGUAUGAUUUUGAUCCGAAUUCGUCCACUGAGUGGUAUGAAAGUGUAGACCUCAUCAAGUUCAUUGGCGCAGAUAAUGAAUUCGUCGAAUUUCCCGAUUCCACUUUCCCAGAUAUCGACCCACAAGACUCCGAUGCUGAUGAAAAAGGAAACCAGUUCGGUGGACUGGAAUACCUCGACUUACAUGGCAACUUAUUACGUUCGCUGCCAAUUGGUUUCAGGCGGCUACAGCGUCUUCAUACCCUGAAUCUCUCAAAUAACAAGCUAUGCAUGGAAGACAUACAGGUCAUCAUGGAGAUGGUGUCUGUAAAAGACCUCAAGCUAGCGAAAAAUCAAUUACAAGGGGCAUUUCCGGCAGAUAUAAAAAAUCUUAGCAACUUGGAAGUUUUGGAUCUGCACGAAAACUCUCUAACAGAUCUACCAAACGAACUUGCAUAUCUUACUUCCCUUCGAAGUUUGAACGUUGGUAAUAACCAUCUAACCUGUUUGCCUUUCGAAGGUCUAAGCAAGCUUCCGUUGAAAGACCUUAGCGCGCCAAAGAACAGAUUGAAGGGCGUUUUGAUACCUGCUUCUGUACAGGAGCUUGUGACCUUACAAACUCUGGAUGUAGCUAACAAUGCCUUGACGAGGCUUUCUGACCACGAUAUAUUUGGACUCCCUAGUCUACACAACCUCGCGAUCAGUAUGAACCGCAUUCAAUGCUUGCCAGACGUUUCUACCUGGCAGGCGCUUCUGAGUUUGUCGGCGGAGGAUAAUAACAUAGUAGAUUUACCACAAGGAUUUACUGAGUUGAAGACCAUACGAAACGUUGACCUGACGGGGAACAAUUUGACAAAACUGGACGAAAGGAUUGGACUGAUGGAAAGCCUCGUCACAUUCCGAAUAGCCAACAAUCCUCUUAGGGAGCGCAAGUUUUUAAACAUGUCGACUGAGGACUUGAAGCGUGACCUACGAAACCGGUGCGAGCCCGAGCCACACGAUACAGAUGAUGAAGAGGGCUCUGUCGCGACUCAAUUUACUCUAGCGCCAGAGUCUCCAGUUCAAUCAGCCGCUUGGCUGGUCAAACCUGGAGGAGUCCUCGACAGAUCAUAUACUGACCUUCAAGAGUUGGAUAUGGAUCAUCUGGAAUGUAUAAACCCUCAUGAAAUCAGGUGUCUUUACCUGCAACACAAUCAAUUACGUUGUAUCCCGGCGCCGGCUCUUGGUAUACUUGCCCUUAGCCUGACUGAUCUUGAUCUUUCACACAAUCCCCUGGACACCGCUUCUCUUUUCCCCUCAUCGCUGGAUUUGCCCAGUCUACAGAACCUCAACUUGAGUGUGACCGGUUUGACCACACUUGAGCCAAUAUUAGCCAACUUCCAAGCCCCUUCGCUCAUGUUCCUAGAUGUCUCGAACAACCGCGUUUGCGGGUCUCUUCCCCCCGUUCGUCGAACCUAUCCAAGUUUGAUGACAUUCCUUGCUGCCGAUAACCGCUUUGACUAUCUGGAUUUUGAUGCUGUCCAGGGCCUUCAGGUCCUUGAUAUCGGCAAUAAUAAUAUCAACUUCCUUCCACCAAAGUUGGGUCUGCUAAGAGCCGAGGGUUGCCGUAAGAACUGGGGAAACGGAUCGGCGCUGAGAAGAUUCGAAGUUGCGGGUAAUAGUUUCCGGGUUCCACGUUGGCAAAUUGUUGCCAAAGGAACAGAGGCUAUUCUCGAAUGGUUAAAAGAUCGGAUACCUGAAAAUGACCUACGUGAAUGGGAGCCGGAUGAUGAGCUGAGUGUGUAGGAAAAGCUCAAGUACCACGCAACUACAUAAUGAUAUUACAAGCCCUGUCUCUGGCUUUGUGCUUGUGUAUAUAGG